AUGGAGGUGGACAACGCCAGCAGGUACCGCUCUCGCAUUCUGCGGGAGAUGAAUGCUAACCGCAAAGACCCUUUCAACUCACCCCCUUCGUCGACUGGCUCCCACGGCACCGUUAGCCCGACCACGUCCUCAGUCUUCACCGACCCAGAGGGCGAGUCAACCCGCAGGCUCAACGAGGACAUUGCUCGCCUCACCAAUCAGAAGAAGCUCUCCGUCAACUGGGAGAUUGCCCACCGCAAGUGGCCCGACUUCUACAGCAUGCCCAAGGACCGCGCCGCCGCAAACUUUGACGACCACAACAACACAAACACCCGGCCCAUGAGUGCCGGCUCCACAAAGGAGAACAGGGCUCCCCCUACCACAUCCGUCAGGUUCGACGACGACUCUUCUCGCGACAUCUGGAAGGGCUCCCAGCGAACGCGCUCCGAGAUGCAGCCGCGCGUCGACGACACGGACUUGUCCAUCCUCUCCAAGUCGCCCGGUCGCGGCCUCACUCCCCAGCACGUCUCUUCUAAGAGCGCAUACAGCCCCAGUCCCCUCGCGCAGGCCCGUACCCAGUCUUACUCGGCUACCGAGAGGAAGGUGUCUUCGUCAUCCUACCAGGCCGCCGUCGACAGCCUGCGCAAGACCAACUCCUCGAGCCCCAAAGAGUCCCCAACCCCGGCCAACAAGCAUGUCAGCUCUCCCCACAUGUCCUCUGCCAGGUCCAGCCUCACGGCCGUGCCGCCCUCACCCGAGUCUAUCCACAACAGCCCAGGCCAGAACGCCCCGUCAUUCAUCAUGCCUGAUGUCUCGCAUCUCGAGGACUUUGUCACCGGGACCCUCCGUUUUGCUGGCUCAGUCCAGAAUGGCGUACCAGUCUUUGUCAAGAACGGCCGUGUGCACGACCGCCGUGACAAGUCAUCCCACCAGUCCCACGCUGAGGUAGAUGGGCUCGAGGUGCCCGAGGACGAGGAGAAGAUUUUCGUUUCCAUGGAUAUGAUCCGGCAGGAGAUCCUCGAGCUGCGCGACCACAACGAUAAGGUCCAGGAGUACGCCUACGGCCUCCAGCAGCAGGUCGAGACUCUUGAACGCCAGGUCGCAGAGGCGAGAAACCAGACUCCUACCACGCGCUUCACCUCUAGCCGAGUCAGCGAGCAGCUCCUCGAGCAGAACAAUGAGCUGGAGACAGAGGUUGCUUCGUUGCAGAUUCGCCUGGAAAAGGCCUCCCGCAAAGCCAGCAACAGCGACCACCUCACCGAGCACAACCACCGACUGGAAGCCGAAGUCGUAUCGCUGCAGUCGCGUCUGGAGCAGGCCGCUCGCAAGCUCAGCCUUAGGGAGAUCGAGAACGACUCGCUCAUGCAGGAAAAGGACCGGGCUGUCCGCAAGCUGCAGGAAGCCUGCGAAGACAUCAACAAGCUCACCCAUAAGCUCAGCAUCAAGAAGAAGGAGUACGAGACCACCCACAGACACCAAGUGGAGUCGACGGAGCAGAUGCGCCAGGAUUACGAGUCGCUGCGCCGCGAAAUCUCCAUGAUCCAGCAGGGCCACGACGCCCUUGAGGUCGAGAAUGCGUCUCUUCGCGAGGAGAAUGAGUCUCUGCGUCAGACAGUCGAGGAGCUCCAGCAGAGGGCAGAGCUCAAGUUGCUUGAAAUGAUGACGGCUCACAGCCAGAAGAAGCACCGUGCACGCUCCCAAUCGCGGGCCUCGCGGGCCUCGCGGACUUCACGGGCUUCCCGUCAUCACUACACCGAGACGAUCGAUGUUGAAGAGACCGGCGAGAGCUACACGGGCGAGGAGGAGCGACCGGCUCAUGUGCCCAGCAAGGAGCAGCAGGUGCCCAGGGAGGAUGAGCAGAAGCCCGAGAAGACGCAGGAUGUCACGAACAACCACAAGAUCAACAGCCAGAGCAACCAGGACCAAGAGAGGCUGCGAAACGACACGGUGCAGUCCCUCUGGAUGCCCCAGCCGACGGAAACCGGCUUCACCGAUAAGACGACGGAGUCUCGACCGGACUUUGUGGAGAUCGAUGACCUGUCGCUGUCUAGCGACGAGGAGGAGCAGGAACAAUGCCAGGCCCUCAACGAGGAGCCCAAGAGGCAGCAGACAAGAUUGGAGUCGGUGGUAGAGGAAACGACUCAUCAGAGUGAGAAGCUGCACAAGACCUCCCACUCACGUUCGCAGUCGCAGUCGAGGUCGCAGUCGAAGUCGAGAUCGCACUCUCGCCCGCGGUCAUCAGGGAAACACGCUGCUUUUGCCGAACCUACGAUGGAGGACACCAAGACUACUGCUGCAACUGCCCCUGCAGCAGCAGCAGCUACCACCAAGGACUCGUGUCCCUCUCUGUCGCCGGAGGCUCGUCGUAUCCUGGAUGGUCUGUGCGAGCACAACUGCCGCAAUUGUACCGUGUGCAGCCGCAUCGCGCACCGCGGUGUGGUGACGUCUUCCGACGUCGCUCGUGGCAAGAAGCGCGUUACCAUCCCCCGACCCAUCCCCGUGUCGGAUCGCAACAUCUCGACCGAAGACCCUACGAUGCGCCCCGCUCAGGCCCCUGGCUAUGCUCUGGCCGUGGUCAUCAAGGGGAUCGAGGAUGAGGCCCAGCACCUGCAGCUCGAGCUGUCGCGUCUCCAGGCUCAGUACAACGCCAGCGACAAGGCCCUGGGACGCCGCGAGAGGCUCCGCAUGGCCGCCGGCGUGCGUGCCGUGCUCAAGCAGCUCGAGGCCAAGAACGACCAGGUGUACAACCUGUACGACGUGCUCGAGGGGCAAAAGGUGGCGGAGCAGGAGAUGACGGACGAGGAGAUUGAGAUGACGGUUCUUCACGUGACGGGCAUGACGGUUAGGGAAGUGACAUCUGGCGGGACGGAGCAACUCACAUGGGAAGGUAUUCUGGAUAUGUAG